AUGCACAAGGUCCAGCCUAUUCUCGGGACCCUGGGGUCCAGUCAGCAAGGGACGACUGGGCAGGGCUUCUCCGCGACGGCCGCACCUGGCUUUCUCUGCCCGGCGCCGGAGGUCGCGCCCGCGGGAGCAGAGACGGGACGGCGCCCGGAGGCGGAGGUCUCGGCGGAGCUGCUCGCCCGCUGCCCCACCGCUAAGGGCGCCGCGUUUGGGGGCCGGUUCCCGCCGCGCAUCCCGGCCAGGGGCCGCCAGGAAUGUUUUAAAGGAAGUUGGGCUACUCACAAGUUACUACAUAAGAAAGCAAAAGAUGAACGGGCCAAGCGAGAAGUGUCUUCCUGGAUGGUAGAAGGUGAUAUUAACACUGACCCAUGGGCAGGUUAUCGAUAUACUGGUAAACUCAGACCACAUUAUCCACUGAUGCCAACAAGGCCAGUGCCAAGUUAUAUUCAAAGACCAGAUUAUGCUGAUCACCCUUUAGGAAUGUCUGAAUCUGAACAGGCUCUUAAAGGCACUUCUCAAAUUAAAUUGCUGUCAUCUGAAGAUAUAGAAGGGAUGCGAGUCGUGUGUAGGCUUGCUAGGGAAGUGUUGGACAUCGCUGCUGGGAUGAUUAAACCGGGUGUGACUACUGAGGAAAUAGAUCAUGCUGUACACUUAGCAUGCAUUGCAAGAAAUUGCUAUCCUUCUCCCCUGAAUUAUUAUAAUUUCCCAAAGUCUUGUUGUACUUCAGUGAAUGAAGUGAUCUGCCAUGGGAUUCCAGACAGACGGCCCUUGCAAGAAGGUGAUAUUGUUAACGUGGACAUCACUCUUUAUCGCAGUGGUUAUCACGGGGACCUGAAUGAGACAUUUUUUGUUGGAGAUGUGGAUGAGGGAGCACGGAAACUGGUGCAGACCACGUAUGAGUGCCUGAUGCAAGCUAUCGAUGCAGUGAAACCUGGCGUUCGAUACAGAGAAUUGGGAAACAUUAUUCAGAAGCAUGCCCAAGCAAAUGGGUUUUCAGUUGUUCGAAGCUAUUGUGGGCAUGGAAUCCACAAGCUUUUUCAUACAGCCCCCAAUGUUCCCCACUAUGCCAAAAAUAAAGCAGUUGGAGUGAUGAAGGCGGGCCACGUUUUUACAAUUGAGCCAAUGAUUUGUGAAGGUGGAUGGCAGGAUGAGACCUGGCCGGAUGGCUGGACCGCGGUGACACGAGACGGAAAGCGGUCUGCUCAGUUUGAGCACACGCUGCUGGUCACAGACACUGGCUGUGAGGUCCUGACCCGGCGACUUGAGAGCACGCGGCCUCACUUCAUGUCCCAGUUUUAACGUCUCCGAGAGGGUGUGUCUCAGUAAUGCCUUCUGGCUGUGCUGUCAUUUCACGGAGAGUACAGAGUGGAAGAGGACGUUUUUUAUUACUUGUUUGUUUUGACUGUAGAUAAGGAAGGACUACAGCAUUUGAUGUAUGUCCUCAAGAACUUAUCUUGGGUCUGAAAAAGCUGAGAAGAAUAAAGUAAACAUUUCUUAACUCCUUUCAGUGCCUCCCUCUCCCCCCCAAAUCUCUGUGCCACUGUUUUCUCAGUUACCCUUUGAGCACUUUUACGUAAACCUGCUUCUAGUUGUUUCUAUCACUGCCAUGACUGGGCUGUCAAGAGCCGGCUGAUUGUUGAAGAUGAG